UCUGUUCAACCCAAUCUUAGGAUGCCUGGCAACCGCUAGCGUGCAUGUUCCUUGAAACUAAUACUAGCGCUGAGUUUCCUUCUGCAAGCGCCGCCGCCGCUCCCUGCUAAUGUAUCGCCGCUCUGGAUGCGAGGAAACUUCGCUAGCACCACUUGGACUAUAGUUAUCGGAGGAUUUCGGAAUAAGCAAGAUGAGUGCAAAGCUUUCGACAACCGUUCCUAUUUGUUGCCUCUUCAAUGGUGGUGGAAUGUAUAUGGCCCGUACACCUAUCGAAGACAUGGAAUAUAGCAAAGUUCGUUAAUACAUCAGAAAAUAUUUGGACGUAUGAUACGAACGACAGAAGAUAUAUUGAGUGCAAAGUGGACAUAAAGAAAUAUGCGACAACCACAUCACUCUUCUUUGAUCGGCGGUUUUACUUAGGGCAUGAAAGUGUACAUAUUGCCUUCGAAGGACGUUUUUUUGCGAAGAUGACGGACCGAAUGGCGCUUCGACAUGCAGCUAACCAUUUCGAACAGAUGGAGAUUAUGCUUUACUAUGGUAAAAAUGGCGGCUGCGCCAUAUUUCGAGUGAAGACGAGUACAGGAGAUGGCCGUCCCAUUUACGAUCUUCGUGUAAAGGACUCCUACAUAACACAAGGCCCGAGUGCCAGAUGUGUCCUCAAGUUUCUAACGUACAGGAUUAAAGCAAAAACUAUCUAUGAAAAAGGGUGCAACGUAUGGCAUGCGCUAAACAAACGUACGCGUUUUUUACAGCGGAGGAGAUUGUACGAAUGAAAUAAAUUAUUUGU